UUUAUCCAACAGUGAGGAAAACAAUAAAGCCAUUCAUCUUAGUGAGUCAAUAACAUGAGAAAUGUUAGAGAACGUUUUAACAAUGUUUGAAGACAAAACUUGUUGGAGGAGAGAGAAAGUAAAGUCAUUCUUUGUGCAGAUAUCCAGUUUAGCCAUUAACGACUGUGAGGAUGCCGAACUGGCCUACACCAUGAGAGACCUUCCCCCCAGAGCCGCUCACACCUUCCCUGGACGUGAGAUGCCCGCGAUGAACAGAGAGCCAGAUAACAGCACCCGCCCUCAGACCCCAGGAACGCCCACUUUCACACGCCCCGUGAGCAGAAGUGUCCCGGCCUCAGAGACAGAGAUACCCCGCCUCAGCCAACUCAGCUCCAUGAGUUCCCUGGAGUUUCCUCUCAGCCCCUCUCGACCAAAAAGUCCCUGGAGUAGAUUUGACCCGUACGAUUCCGCCGAGGAUCAAGAUAAGGAGUAUGUUGGGUUUGUGACGCUGCCUAACCAAGUGCAUAGAAAAUCGGUGAAAAAGGGGUUCGCCUUUACUCUUAUGGUGGCAGGUGAGUCGGGUUUGGGGAAAUCGACACUUGUCAAUAGUCUCUUCCUCACAGACCUUUACAAAGACAGAAAGGUGCUGAAUGCUGAGGAGCGGAUCAUGCAGACAAUAGAGAUCACUAAACACACAGUGUCUAUUGAGGAGAAAGGAGUCAAGCUGAGACUCACCAUCGUGGACACGCCGGGCUUCGGGGACGCUGUAGACAACACGGAGAGCUGGAAGCCGGUUGUGGACUACAUCGAUGAACAGUUUGAACAGUACUUUCGGGAUGAAAGCGGACUCAACCGGAAGAACAUUCAGGAUAACCGCGUGCACUGCUGCCUCUACUUCGUCUCACCUUUUGGUCAUGGUCUCAGGCCGAUGGAUGUGGAGUUCAUGGAGGCUCUACACGAGAAGGUCAACAUAGUGCCUGUGUUGGCCAAAGCGGACAGCCUGACUCCUGUGGAAGUCCAAAAAAUGAAACUGAAGAUUUGCGAGGAUAUCGAGAGGUUUGGCAUCAGCAUAUAUCAGUUCCCCGAGUGUGAUUCAGAUGAAGAUGAGGAGUUAAAACUUCCGCACCAAGAACUAAAGGACAGUAUUCCAUUUACAGUGAUCGGCAGUAACAUUCUGGUUGAGAGCCAAGGCAGGCGUUUCAGGGGUCGCCAGUAUCCCUGGGGUGUGGUGGAAGUGGAGAACCCAACCCAUUCUGACUUCUUGAAGCUGAGGAACAUGUUGGUGCGCACACACAUGCAGGACCUGAAGGACGUGACACGGGAAACGCAUUACGAGAAUUACCGCGCUCAGUGCAUCCAGAACAUGACCCGCAUGGUGAUCAGGGAAAGGAAACGCAGUCUUUGUGAUCAGCUGAGAGACAGCGCUUCGGAUCUGCCUAUACCUCUGGUACCAUUGGACAGUGAAACGGAACGUCUUAUUUGGGAAAAAGAUGAAGAGUUGCGGCAAAUGCAGGAGGUUCUGCAGAAGAUUCAGGAACAGAUGCACCAUGGACAUUAAAACAGCAUUGCAGUUCUAUGACAACAUACUUUUAUAAUACUUUUUUAAAUUUAAAUACAGUUUUGAUUGAGAUAAAGUUAAGAGAUGUGUCGGGUUUAAUGUGUGUAACUGCAGUGAGUGUGUCGUUUUCUUGUGUGUGCGUGUGUUUUUUAACUAUAGUCCUUC